AUGGCCGAUCCGGCGGAGGAGAACGUUGCCUCGCCGCCAACGACCCCGGCGGCCCCAGCCGAGGGCUCCUCGGACCCGCCCCUGCAGCCUGCUGGUGACGGCGCCUCAACGGAGAUGGUGUCUGCCCCGGCGCCGGAGGUAAGGUCCCGGGGAUUCAGGCUUCUUGGAGAGGACACCUCCGUGCACAAGGCCCUUGGGGGCGCUGCUGAUGUCCUGUUAUGGAAAGACAAGAAAACUUCUGCUGUUGUAAUAGGGGGUGCAACUGUCAUCUGGGUUCUGUUCGAAGUGCUUGAUUACCAUCUCCUGACUCUGAUAUCCCAUGUACUGAUUGGUGUGCUUGCCAUCUUAUUCCUCUGGUCCAAAGCUACCACCUUUAUCAAGAAGAGUCCACCAGAUAUUCCAGUAGUGCAGAUACCUGAGGAUCUUGUUGUGAAUGUUUCACGAGCAUUAUGCAAUGACAUCAACAGAGCAGUUCACUUAUUCCGUGAGAUUGCAAUGGGGCAUGAUCUGAAGAAGUUAUUGUUUGUGAUCGUGGGGCUGUGGGUUAACUCUGUAUUUGGAAGCAGCUGUGACCUCCUCACCUUGAUAUACAUUGCCGUCCUGUUGCUCCACACGGUGCCAAUAUUGUACGACAAGUACCAGGACAAGGUGGACCAUUUCGCUGGAAGGGCACACACAGAGGCCCUCAAGCAGUAUGAGGUGCUGGAUGCCAAGGUCCUGAGCAAAAUCCCCAGGGGUCCGGUCAAAUCCAAGAAGCAGAACUAG